AUGCACGGCUAUAGUUCGUCAGAGGAGUCUGAGGACCCGCGCAGACCUCGUGCCCAGCCAGCCUCAAACAACAACCAGGACCAGAAAAAGAAGAGAAAGAGAAGAGUCCCGCCUCAGCCUUCAAUCAAUCGCAUCUGGAAGAAGUUCUCGAAUCGCAAAUUCACCAAAGCCUUGGCCGUCCUUCCCUUUGAUCCGGUCCAGCCCCCCGCUUCCCCAGAUCGUCCCAACGAGCUGCUCUGGGAUGGCUACAAUCGCGCAGCAGAAGAAUGCCGUCGCAAGGUCGAGAAAAUUGUGAAGGAGUGCAAACGUGUGAAUAUGCGCUACCGGGAUCCCGGCUUUGACUUGGACUGGGACUUCAAGUACGAGAAAGGCCACUGUCUCAAUAGCUUGGGCCAGACUAAGUACGAGAUCAGCCGUUCCACGCUACUAAACUCGAGCGCCUCGGUUCCCAAAGCAGUCAAGCGUGUACAUGAAGUAUAUGAGAAGCCAACCUUCAUGAAUUCACUCAUUGCCAACGAUGUUAAGCAAGGCAGCCUCGGCGACUGCUGGUUCAUGGCCGGGUUGACUGCGCUUGCUAACGUAGAGGAUGGCAUCAAGCGUCUCUGUGUGGCUCAUAACACAAAAAUCGGUAUCUAUGGAUUCGUUUUCUACAGGGACGGCGAAUGGAUCUACUCCAUUAUCGACGACAAGCUGUACCUAAAGUCUCCCUCUUGGGACCUGCCAAGCAAACAGCGAGACCUUUUGGAGCAGAUUGAUCGCGAGGAUGUAGAGAAGCACUACCGUAAAACCUACCAGACGGGCUCCAAGGCCCUUUUCUUCGCCCAGAACGUCGACCAGAAUGAGACCUGGGUCCCUCUGAUUGAGAAGGCUUAUGCCAAAGCCCAUGGAGACUAUGCAUCUCUGUCUGGCGGCUGGAUUGGUGAGGGCCUCGAGGACCUGUCUGGCGGUGUUACGACUGAGCUCUUCACCUCCGACAUCCUCGACCUCGAUGAGUUCUGGGAGAAUGAAAUGCUCAAGGUGAACCAAGAAUUCCUCUUCGGUUGUUCCACCGGUGUUAUGGAGCACGGGUACGGUGAACGCAACGGCAUCUCGGAAGCCCAUGCUUACGUGGUCAUGGAUGCGCGCACCCUCAAGUCCGGUCAGCGUCUUGUGAAGCUCCGAAACCCCUGGGGGAAGAUCCGUGAGGGUCUUUGGGAAGGCCCAUGGAGCGACGGCUCCAAGGAGUGGACCACCGAAGUUCAGGAAGAGCUUGGACACAAGUUCGGUAGCGAUUCCGUCUUUUGGAUUUCUUUUGAGGACAUGAUUCAAAAGUACAGUCUGAUUGAGCGCACCAGGCUGUUCCGUGAUACAGACUGGCGCUGCUGCCAGCGCUGGAUCGGCGCCGAUGUGCCGUGGAAGCCUGACUAUCAUGAGAAGUUCCAAAUCAAGCUCACUGAGGACUCGCCCCUCAUCCUUACACUGAGCCAACUUGAUCGCAAGUAUUUCAAGGGGCUCUCUGGACAGUACUCUUUCCGCCUUCACUUCCGCCUCCACAAUCAGGACAGCCCAGAUGCGGAAGACUACAUUGUUCGGUCGCAUGGAAAUUUCCUGACGUACCGGUCCGUCUCAGUUGAGCUCCCGGACAUGCCUGCCGGAAACUAUUCCGUGUAUGUCAAGGUCGUCGGCGAGCGCAACUCUAAGCUUCAGUCUGUUGAAGAGGUCGUCAAACAAGAGCUCAAGGGUCGUGUUGAGAAUGAGAAGCUCGCGCAAGUUGGCCACGCGUACGACUUGGCCCACAGCAAGGCUUGGGACCACAUCAACAAGGUUGCCAAAGUCCGCAAGAGGACCGAGCAGAACAAGGCUUCAAGUCACAGGCAAAAGGAGCGGCGCCGCGCUUGGGAGAAGCGUCAUCUCAACCGAGAGGCGUCCCGAAAGCAGGGCGAAAAGAACAAGGACAAGAAGCAAAAGCGCCGCGAUGACUGGAACGACGAGCAGCGCAAGAAAGCAGAGGCAGAAGAAGCUGCUGCCGCUGCCGACGCUGCUGCUGCCAAGGCUGCGGAGGAGGAAAAGGCAGAAGUAAAGCCAAAGGAGGAAGAUGCUUCUAACAAGGAAGAACCUGAUGCCAAGUCCGACGAGAAGGUCGAUGACAAGUCAGGUCAAGGACAGGGAUCCGAGUCUACCGGCUCGCCUCAGUUCACCCCCAAGUCAGAGGACUCAACAAUUGUUAUCGUCGCCUCUGACAAGAAGCAAGAAGUACCUCCGGUUGAUGGCAGCCCUCCCCCCGUCAACCCAACCCCACAGCCACAACCUCAGGAGGAGAAGGUUCAAAAGCCCCAGAAACCUCUCCUCAAGUACGAUUCAGACGGUGAUUCUUCUGACUCACCUGUUGAAGAUUGGGAUGAAAUAUACAGCAGCGAUGAUAUGGUGCGUAAGCCACGCAUUGCACCUCAGCAGCCUCCUCAGCCUCGAGAUGACUACGAUACCGAAGAAGAGAAAAUGCCAGAUCCAUGGAACGCGGUUUGCAUCGUUGGCAUCCGAGUGUACUCCAAGGACGCCAACCUCGAGCUUCGCACUGUCAUUGAGGGAGGUGAAUUGCUCGAAGGUGGUAUGGGCGAGAAGGGCGCCGCUGACCUUGACAACGCCCAGGCCAAUGCUGGCGGUUCUCGCCUCGAGGACAAGGAAGGACCUAGCUCAUAUCCCUCUGUCAUUCGACGUGACGGAGGUCUGCUCACCCCUGGAGAUAUGAGCGCGAUGAUGCGCGAGUAUUUGCGCAUUGAUUCUGGGAGCUCGUCAAUGGUCAACACUCCAGGCGCUGCAACUCCGCUAGAGGGAGAGACGAAGCGAUUAUAG